UAUUCACUUGCACUGGCGGAUGGCGGCUCCUGAGGCUGAGUUGGUGUUGAAAUGGGAAAGUUUUCACAUGUCAGCUGAAAUGAGUAGAACAGACAGGGAGCAGGCACUUCUUAGAGAAAGUGUGAAGGAGGAGGACACAGAGGAUUGGCAGAGGAGUCCAGACUUCAACGGGCUGGAGAGAGUGGGAGGAGUAGAUCUUUCAUUCAUUAAAGGUGAUGACAUCAAUGCCUGCGCUCAUCUGGUGGUGCUCACAUACCCUCAAAUGAAGGUUCUGUAUGAAGAUUGUAAGAUGGUGACUCUUAAUGCCCCUUAUAUGGCUGGUUUCCUGGGCUUCAGGGAAGCCCCACCUUUGCUACAGGCCCUGGAGAACCUGAAGAACGUACAGCCACAUCUAAUGCCGCAGGUGCUAUUUGUGGAUGGGAAUGGACUAUUCCACUAUCGGGAGUUUGGUUUGGCAUGUCAUCUUGGUGUUCUGUCAGAUCUGCCCUGUGUGGGUGUGGCCAAGAACCUUCUGCAUGUUGAGGGAGUGGUGAGAAGUGAAGAGCACCAGUCACAGAUCAACGCUCUAAAGAAGAGUGGUGAUAGUUUUCCUCUGACUACAGCCUCUGGGAGAGUUCUAGGGAAGGCUCUCCGAAGUUCCCAAAGCAGUAUUAAACCGGUGUAUGUGUCAGUGGGUCAUCGAAUCACUCUGGAUACAGCAGUCAGACUCACACACACUUGCUGCCUCUACAGAGUACCUGAACCAAUACGACAGCGACCGCCUCCUGGAUUUAACUGAAUGCGCAUGGCCAAUAUCUGAAGAGGAACAUCUUAAAUACUAUAAGAUUAAAUUUUUGUUUCAGUGGAAAGACGUGCCUGCGUUAGAGGAGAUAUUUGGAAAGAUAGACAAAAUGUUUAAGUGGUGCGAGGCGUUUGACAGAUACAACAACAUAAAAGUGAAACUGUUUCACCCUGAAUGGUGUGUGGACAUCCAGAGAGGGGUUCAUGUGGCCCCACCUACCAUCUAUAAUCAUUAAAUGCGCACGUCAGGGGCCUCUGUGGAAAUAGACUUUGAGCGACAUCACCACCACCAAGAUGACUCAAGAAAAUACUUCGCCAGCUCCACACUUUGUAUGCGAUGACAACGCAUCCGCACCGUGGUCAACGACGGACAAUGACGCCUGGCUGAACAAAUUCUGUACAGAGCUCGGAUACCAUAACCUCGCCUUCCUCGCAAAGUACAAUCCACCACCUCCCCAUGCUGGUCCAUCUGGCACAGCAAAUUCUGAAAACGUCUCUGACACCGUCGAUGGUUGCAUCGGGGUGAUUGGACAUAAGAUCAUUAAAGCUGUUGUUGCCAUAAUUCUGGAACAUCUGGUUGACAAGCAGCUGAAGAAAGAUUGUUACGGAUGUCAGGUCGAUCAUCCUUCGCAAACACAACAUUCAUGUCUCUAUGAGGCACCUGCGUACUAUUUUCUGGGAUGUUUUGAACAACUCUCGCAUAAAUUGUGUAAACCUGAUCUGAAACUCAUUCUGGCACAAACCUUGAAACUGUUUGGUAUAACAACUCAUCAGCAAAGAAUUCAGGGGGUUGUCGACGGCGUUCUGUGUGAGCUCAGAGAUGAGAUGUACAUAGUGGAAGGUCUGGCAGAACUCCGGACAAAACUUGUGGAUGAAACUUGCGAGCAGGCCAUUUACAACGCUGUUGACAGCUGGAAGAAGAGUACACCUGCUGAUUCUGAUUAACCAUGGGGACAUGGGUAAC